AUGUUGCUUAAGCCCGCGACGCCCCUCACUAUCCUUCUCCUGGCCGCCUUUGUCCUCUUACUUCUUUCCGUUCUUUCGACCCCGAUUAUCCAGGGUAUACCUCUGGCGACUUUUAAUGAUGUCGACUAUGGAGUCUUCGGGUACUGCAAGUCUGGUCAAUGCACUAAUAUUCACAUUGGAUACACGACCGACGACAUAUCCAGUACCGAUAACAAUGAGUUUAACCUCCCGUCGAGCACGCGAAGAUCGCUUUCGUCUAUUUUGAUUGUUCAUCCGGUCGCCGCCUUUCUCACGCUCAUCUGCCUUUGCCUCGCCGCCGCCGCUCAUCUGCACGCUCCGUCGCAUUCGCCCCGAUAUCUUCUGGCAUUAUUGAUUCUCCUGCUCCCGACGCUCCUCGUCUCACUCCUCGCUUUUUUGGUGGAUAUUCUACUGUUCGUUCCGCGUCUGGGAUGGGGCGGUUGGAUUGUGCUGGGUGCCACCAUCCUGCUGGUCAUCAGCGGUGUGGUUACCUGUGCGAUGCGCCGGACUCUGGUCAGUCGCAAGGCGAGGAAGAGGCGCAUCGCGGAAAAUGCUGAGAUGAGUGGGGAAAAUUACUAUAACCGCCAGAAUGCCGUCGCGGCGGGUGCGGUCAACGGGUUCACCAGCCCAAGGGCCGAAGCUUUGAACGGCGACGCGAAAGAGGCUCUCAUCACCACCUCGCCUAAUUCGGACUCGGCUCCUAUGUUCACUAGCCUGCGCUCUACCACACACGAAAGCGACGAUGAUCGAGCGCCCCUGAACUCCCAUGUAACCCCCAGCGACGUUUCUUUGCCAGAUGUCCAGCGGUCUCUGUCAGGACGUGCCGAUGGAAUGCCUCCCAAUGGGUCUCGAGACGAACUUGCAAACUUACCAUAUGCUGGAGCCUACGGCCCGGGAUCCCGACCAAACCCUGAUCCCUGUGAUCCCCGCUUGCGCCCUCAAUAUUCGGAUAAUAGUAUGGGUUCGCGUCGGGGACCUCCUCCUCCAGGUUUUGCGCCGCGUGGACGGGGUGGGUACCCGCCUCGCGGAGGUUAUGGUCGCGGAGGGCCUUACGGAGGACCCCGAGCAUCCCCUCCAAAUGGCAGGGGCGGCCCAAUGGCCCCAAUGGGUCCAAUGCGCGGGGCACCGUCAGCAAUGAUGAUGGGACGAGGACAACGGGGACCAUCGCCUGCCGGUUAUGGUCCCGGCUCUGGUGGUCCCAGCCACGGCUACGAUGCGUAUGGUUACGGUCCCGGCCCACGGUUAUCGCCUCGCCCCGCUGAAGAUGGCUAUGAUUAUCGCGGUCCUUCGCCCGUUUCGGCCGCGCGACAGCCUUCACCUGGCCCUAUCGGAAUGGCCGUGUCAUCUCCGGAUGCAGGGCCUAUCGGUCAGGCCAUCGAAAUGAUGCCGCAACCCAGACACAACGGUGCUGUUGAAUCGGAACCGCUUGCUGUAUCGGACGCACAUGAGCCACAUGCGGUUUCGAACGAUGGAUAUCCGGAACCCGUCAGCCCCGCGAGUCUCUACAGUCGAACGCCGUCCUAUGUGCCACCGCGUGCUGGUUGGACCCCAGCGGACCUCCGCGCUGGACCCUCGCCAUCUCCAGUCCACGCCCAUGGAGCUACUCACGCCUCACCCAAUGCUCGCCCCAAGACUGGUGAUGAUUACUACGAAGACGUAGACCCUCGUUUCGCUGAACCUCAAUUACCGCCGGUAGGAAACCGUGCAAUACCGUCUGCUUUGACACCGGGUGCUGGUGAGCCACCCAAACCGAUGGCUGAUACACCCGAGGCCCCUGGCUCACCUACUACUAGCGAGAUAAGCCAUUUCACCUCCAUUUCUGAGCGGCCCAUCAACCCACGUUGGCGUCCGCCUCCACCUCCUGCUCCUCCUGCUCAGCACAGACAAAAUGUGUUGCUGGAGAACAACCCCGAUUUUGAUCUACGAGCCGGUGCAGCUGGCGUGGGAGGACGCAUGCCGCCAUUGUCGGCUCCUCGAGAACCUACAAGAUACCCUCUACCAUGA